AUGAUGGAGAGAGAUAAUGUUGCUCCGCCUUUCCCAGAACAAAGAGUUUCGGAACAGUCACAAUUAUCAGAAGAGAGCUUUGAAGAUGACUUCGUCGAUCAAGAAGAUGUCCUCAUUCCACUAAAAUCUGAAGAUGGAUCACAGGAUGGCGUUCCGAGAAUCAAUUAUGCUAGCAGUGUUGGGAGUCUCAGUGAAGCAGAAAUCUCAGAAUUGUCGGUUGGAGAAGUUAAUCUAAGCUUUCCUACGGGAGACUCUGAUGACGAGUCUGACGCUGAUUCCCGAAACCUUAUCGAUUGGGAAGCCGAUGCCGAUUCCCAGGGUGAUACAGACAGCCAUAGCUCGGAGAGCAACAAAGCAUCUAGGGUUUUGGUGCAUCGGCUAUCUUCGCUUUUGGAAAAGGGUCAUGAUGCAACUGAGAACGAUGAUACUGAGGAUGAACUUUUGUUGCAAUCGGAUUAUCAAAAUGCAAAUAUUCGUACGGAAUCACCACCGACGGUCCCACUUGGCGUUCCAGACUAUAUUUGGAAAUCACCUGAAUCUCUAAAAAAGAAAACAAUCAAAGUCGGAAGCUCAAAAUCCACAAAAUCAAAAGCAAAGAAAAAGGUUGUCACAGAUGACAGGAUAGAUGAAGAGAGUCUAUCAGAUGGUAGCUCAUUCGGAAAUGGAUCGGUGCAUUCAGUUCCACAAGAUCAAAUCCAAAAGCAACUGAUUUUUCCUGAUGCUAGAACUCCUGAACAAUUGUCCACUCCUGUCGAGGAAUCCGUUCCUCUCCCGGAUGUGGUUGCCAUUGCGACUCCUCCGCAGGGUGGAAAGAAGAAGCUUGGAAAGAAGCAGUAUUUGAUGGACGUUUCAGACGAAGCUAGUGGCACAGUGUCGAGGUACAACCCCAUGUUUUACAGUUCAUCCAAGCAAGGACCGCUAGUGGAUCACUCCUACCGAUCAAAGAAGGAGAAGUUGAUGGCCAAAAAGGAGCGAAAGAAAGUAAUUCGGGAGGAAAGAGAACGUUUGCAAGCCUUCAACAAGACCAUGGACUUCUUUGCUGAGAAAGGUUUGGAGGGUGAUGGUGAAGAGGAAGGAGGCGACGCUUGGAAUGAAGCACUUCCGACAGCUCCAACUCCUCCAGCUACUCCCAGUGCUGAAUCUGAAGCUGACACUACUAGUACCGAAGAAAGCUCUGGAAGUUAUGAUUCUCUCAUGUUUGACGAUGAUUUCUCGAUUGCGUCAAUGGAUUCGAUUGAAGGCGUGACAAAAGUGAAAAAGAGCAGCCGGAAGAAGAAAGGCAAAAAAGCAACAGGCAAAAAGAAAAGCGGCAAGAAAAAGAAGAUUGAGAAGAAGCGUGGGCGUAGAGUCGAUUAUGAACCCGACGAUGAUGAAUAUGUUGAGCCAGAACGUCCGCGGAUAUCCAUUGAGGAGCGAGUCGAAGCAAUUUUCACAAACAGGGAGCUGAUUUACCAAUCCCAUGCCGAUGUUGAAAAGGAUCUCCCCCAAGAAGAAUUGAAGACCAGGAUCAAAAUCAAGAGCAAGGCUGCAAGAUCAAGAUCAAGGUCUGGCUCGGUUGACCCCAAAACUCGAGAUAAACUUUUACGACGAAAGUCCAGUGGGACACUUGGAAGUGGAAGUGAUUCUAGAUCAAAGAGAUCGGCUUCUUCACGUUCAUUGAAAUCAUUCGAUAUGGAUUAUGGCGAAGCCAGUCCCGAUGUCCGAACAGACUCGGUUGGUAGCAACAAGUCGUCCGGCAAAGGUAGACCCCGACCCACUAGGCCGAAACUUGGAGGCACAAAGGCGAGGUCGAAUUCUCUCAGUGCGUUGACAAGCAACACAAAAGCAAUCCGUGAAAGUGUUCUCGAGGGUCUCAGUGAUGACGAACUCGAUGGCAAUAGGAUGUCGUCAUCGGAUCAUGUUCAAAGCCGGGGCCGCGGGAAACGAUCGGCGCGCGAAGGCCUCAGCAAAAGUGACCAUGGAAAUAGUCGCAGAGGUACCGGCCUAUUGAGCAAAAGCAAUCAUGAGAGUGGUGGUGGUGGAAGAGUACCGGUAAUGAGAGGAAAACGACCUGAUAGACUGAGACCUCCCUCCAAGUCAAAGUCUCCUUCGUCCAUGCAGCGAAAGAAAGUAGAUUCAUCUGGUAUGGGUAGAAGUCUUUCGAAAUCACCAUCUGUAAUGCAGCGAAGAAAAUUGGAAGCAAGAGAAGAAUCCAUGAGGAAGUUUGAAGAAAUCUUGGGGAAACAAGAUCAGUCGAAAUUUCCAUCCAACUUUAAGAAGAAGCUGGAUGGAUUGUCACAAAAGAGGGACAAGAAUAAUAAUAAGGCUGACGCACCAUCCUCAUCCUCUCGAAGCAGCUCCAAGUCUCCCAAGAGAAGAUUCGAUCGUUCCGAAAGCCGAAGCAGCUCCAGGUCGCCAUCAUCGAUUCGUCAGUCGUCCAGCAAGCAUUCAAAAGACCCAGACGAGGAUCCUCUGCUCACAUCGCCUGCUGCCGAAAAGCCAAAGUCCUCUCGACGCGCCAAAAAGUUUGAAGCCAAACUACCCAUGGAACCAGAAGAAGAGGGUCAUCAUCACAACCAACACCACCACCAACACCACCCAAUGGAGCCAGCAGAGGUUUCUGACGACGACGACGACCACCACCACCACCACCACCACCACCAAGACAUUGAAGAGGAGGAGCUAAAACCAGAGUCCACGACCCGUCGAAAAAAGACCAUUGGCAAAGAUGGGCUCAAACGUACUAGGUCCCGGUCUCGUGACUUUUUGAAUGACAUGGUCGACAAGGUCGAAAAGGUGGCAAAACCUUUAAAGUCCAACAUGGUGGAAAUGGUAAAGGAUUUGAAGCCCUUGUCCAACAAGCUGAAAUCCAGCAACAAGUAG